AUGAAGGUCACGUUCAAAGAUCUCAAGCAGCAAAAGUUCGUGCUCGAUGUCGAGCCGACCGAUCUCAUUUCGUCUGUCAAGCAGAAGAUCUCGGAAGAGCGGGGUUGGGAUCCCAAGCUUCAGAAGCUCAUCUACUCCGGCAAGAUCCUCAAGGACGAGGACACCGUCGAGUCUUACAAGAUCGAGGAGAAGGGUUUCGUUGUCUGCGUCGUGAACAAGCCCAAGGAACCGAAACCCACACCAGCCCCCGAAGCAUCAACGUCCGCAGCGCCUGCUACCCCUGCGCCGGCACAAAGCUCCACCCCAGCGCCGCCUGCUGCUCCCGCGCAGACUUCUGGCGCCGCCGCCGCGGCUCCCGCCACACCGACUCCUUCCCGGACCGCCGCCGCCGCGGAGGGUGGUGCCACCGACGCCAACACCCUGGCUAUGGGCGAGCAGCGUGCGGAGGCUAUCGCCAACAUGCUGGCCAUGGGUUUUGAGCGGUCACAGAUCGAUGCUGCCAUGCGUGCCGCCUUCUACAACCCCGAGCGUGCUGUUGAGUAUCUCUUGAGCGGUAUUCCUGAGCACCUCCAACAACCCGAGGCCGCGGCUCGUCCGGCCGCCGCCCCCGCUGCCGCUGCUGCUGCGGCUCCUGCGGCCGGCGCUGGUGGUGAUGAUGAUGGAAACGUGAAUUUGUUUGACCUUGCCGCCCAGGCAGGCCGAGGUUCCGGAGCUCGCAGCGGUAGUGGUGUGGCUGCAGGUGCCGGCGCCGAGGCUGGCCAACAGCAGGGCCUUGGGAAUCUCGAGUUCCUCCGGCACAAUGCGCAGUUUCAACAGUUUCGCCAAGUUGUGCAGCAGCAGCCCCAGAUGCUCGAGCCAAUUCUUCAGCAGCUCGGCGCCGGCAACCCGCAACUCGCCCAGCUAAUUGCCCAGAACCCGGACCAGUUCCUCUCUCUUCUCAGCGAGUCGGCAGGCGACGAUGAUGCCCCGUUGCCCCCCGGCGCUCACCAGAUCUCCGUAACCGAGGAGGAGCGCGACGCCAUCGAGAGGCUUACUCGCCUGGGUUUCACGCAAGACCAGGCAAUUCAGGCCUACUUUGCCUGCGACAAGAACGAAGAACUCGCCGCGAAUUUCCUCUUUGAUCAGCCGGAUGACGACGACGAUGUGAAUAUGCAGUAA